UUGGAGGGAUACUUAGCUGUUAAAAUGCCUGAGCUGGCAAAAUCUGCUGCUGCUCCCAAGAAGGGGUCUAAGAAGGCCGUGACCAAGAUCCAGAAGAAGAGAGAUAAGAAACGUAGAAAAACUAUGAAGGAAAGUUAUUCAAUUUACGUGUACAAAGUGUUGAAGCAAGUUCAUCCAGACACCGGCAUUUCUUCUAAGGCCAUGGGGAUCAUGAACUCUUUUGUAAACGACAUUUUUGAACGUAUCUCUGGGGAAGCAUCUCGUCUGGCACAUUACAACAAGCGUUCGACCAUCACUUCCCGAGAGAUCCAGACCACUGUGCAACUGCUUCUGCCGGGGGAGUUGGCCAAACACUCGGUGUCUGAGGGUACAAAGGCUGUUACAAGUACACCAGCUCUAAGUAAAGAUCAACUUCAAAGUGCUGUCUAGACAGCUAUUUUUUAAGAGCACUAGCC